CCUUGGGUGGCGCGAGCGAGGGAAGGGCGCGCGCCGUUCGACAUAGCCCCCCCCACCUCGCCCGAGUGCAUAUAAAGGGUCCUGCCGAGCGCGCCCGCGCCCCCUCUUUGUCGACGGGCCAUGUCAGUCUCCCCGGUGAAGAAGCCGAAGAUGGAGUCCGUGCUGGAUCAGCUCAAGCAGCACACCACGGUGGUGGCCGACACCGGAGACUUCCAUGCGAUUGAAGAGUACAAGCCUUUGGAUGCUACUACCAAUCCUUCCUUGAUACUAGCUGCAGCCCAGAUGCAAUCCUACCAGCAGUUGGUGGAAGAUGCUAUUGCAUAUGGGAAGAAACUUGGCGGUUCAGAAGAUGAUCAGGUUACAAAUGCUUGUGAUAAGCUUUUUGUACUGUUUGGAGCAGAAAUACUGAAGAGGAUACCUGGCCGUGUAUCCACAGAAGUAGAUGCAAGGUUGUCUUUUGACAAGGAAGGCAUGGUUAAGAGGGCUAGACACUUCAUAGACCUUUACAAGGAAGCAGGAAUUAGUAAAGAUCGCAUCCUCAUCAAGUUGUCAUCAACGUGGGAGGGCAUCCAGGCAGCCAAGAUCCUCGAAGAGCAGCAUGGGAUUCACUGCAACCUGACACUACUGUUUUCCUUUGCUCAGGCUGUUGCCUGCGCAGAGGCAGGAGUCACCCUUAUUUCUCCUUUCGUUGGGCGUAUUCUGGAUUGGCAUGUUGCAAACACAGACAAAAAAGUCUAUGAGCCAUUCGAGGACCCAGGGGUGCAAAGUGUCACUAAAAUCUACAAGUAUUACAAAAAAUUUGGUUAUAAAACUAUUGUGAUGGGAGCUUCAUUUCGAAACACUGGAGAAAUCAAAGCACUGACUGGUUGUGACUAUCUUACCAUUUCACCCAAGCUUCUGGGAGAGCUCAGUAAAGAUAGCAGCAAGCUAACACCAGUACUCAGUGUCAAAGAUGCCCAGGCCUCUGACCUAGAGAAGGUCCAUCUGGAUGAGAAGACAUUCCGUUGGCUCCAUAAUGAAGACCAAAUGGCUGUAGAGAAAUUGUCUGAGGGGAUCCGAAAGUUUGCUGCUGAUGCGGUUAAAUUGGAACAGAUGAUAAAGGAACGAAUGUUCAGUGCUGCAAAUGGAAAGUAGACACACCAAUCUUCAUGGGUGCUGUGUGAAUGUAUAAAUAUCAACAUAUUGCAUAUGAAUGGAUUUUAUGUAAUACGGGCUUUUUGUAUGACCUUGCAAAAGGAAAAUAUUCUUAAUGUUUGUGGAAUUUUUAUAUAUCAACAUUCCUUGUGGGGAUUCAGUGGUUGGAGAAUACAACCAGUUAUUUUCCAGUAGGACUGUAAAUUGCAGAUGACAAGGACCAGUUGAUCAGAAGUAUUUGUCCAAUGUGGUAUUGAUAAUAAAAAUAUCUAGUAUAUUAAUGCUUUUACUACAUAUACCUUAAAACUAUAGUAGGUACUAUGCUUGAUUCCCAUUUCCAGCAAAGGAAUGACACCUUUCAUUCCUCCUGAGCCAUGUCUUAAAUUUGAAGGGAAGCAGUGCAAGAAAUUUUUAUGAAAUUGGGAAUGUUAUACUUAGCAUCACAAGCACUGAAGAAGAAACUUUUUCCAUAAGAAAGAAAAAAGCAUAGAUUAAUAACCCGAUUGUAGUAAAUGGAUUUGAAUCCUAGUGGUUCAUUUCAGACAUCUUACCAUGCCAUGAUUUAAGGAGCAUUAGUUACAGUUUGGCAUGAUUUCUCAGUUGAAAAACCAUGAGUUGAAAUGUCUUUUCAACAGUUCAGUAAUUUAAGAUGAUGCCUGACUUGGCAAAGCAUAGUUGGGACGAUCACGUCACCUCUUAAGAGUUCUAAAUCCCCUACAGCCAGAAAUACUGAGCAGAUGGGCAAUUAAGGAGAUAAGCAGUCAUGUAUAUUUGGAAAUUCAAAACCAUAAUAUGGUUCCUAAGCUGUGGUUUGUGCAAGGUAGUGCUUGGUAUGCUGAUUGAACUAGUAGUGUGUACACGAUUGUGUGAACAAAAGUCUGUUCUUAUCAGAUUAGCAAAAUCUUCUGUAGGAUGUACAUGCCUUUCAAGAGAUGGCUUUUUAGUUGCAUCAGUGCUGUGUGUGAUGCUGGAAAUCCAUUUCACUGAGCCCUAUAGAUUUCCAUGUGGUUCCAGUCUGGCAAUUGUAAAUGAACUAUGCCAGAUUUGUUCUUUUGGAAUCUGGGAAUGUGCACAAAAUAGUGGUGUACAUUGAGAACUGUGUAUUUGCAGCACCAUUUGCACAAAUGGUAAUCUGUGCAAAUUGCACCCGAAUAUUUAAAUUUGCAUAAAUGAGUUAACACUGUUUUUAAUAUUUUAUCAUGCAAGUCCAUUAUCUAACCCAGGCACAGCAUAUUUCCUUGAGAAAUAUUCUUGCCAAUUUCAUCCUCUUAGUAGUGUGUUGCCAUAUUCCGUACUUCACGAGGAACCUGUCACUCUCAGUUUCAUCAAGAUCAGCACUGGCACCAUAGUUUUCUGCUAUGAUUAUGUGAUUUAUGCAAACAGACAGUUAAAAAUUAUUUUCAGUUAUUUUUCGCUCCAAUGAUUUGCACCAACUGAGUUGUGAUUUUGUUACUCUUCUUGCUCCUUUAUUCUUCCACCAAUAUUUCACAUACAGUACCUGAUUCCUUUCAGUAAUUUGUUCUGAGAAAUCCUGUUUAUUGCAUUGGUUUAGGAUGAUACAAUUGCUGGAUUUAUGACUUAGGGGCGGCGGGGGGGGGGGCAAAGAGGAAGCAGGGCAACCAGCCUGAGUCAGGAUGGCCCUGUGAAAGCCUCAAAUUUGUGCAGUUUCUAAGUUUUUUGCACAAAUUAUAUGAACUUUAUUUUAAAAUGUGCAAUUUUCACCCUAUUCUAAAAUCAGAAAUCUACAUUCUGGUUAAACUCACAUCAGAUUGAAUUGACACCAGCAUGGAGGAAACAGAAUGGAAUCUGGAGGGCUGAGCUAGAAUUCCACACAUAACCGCCGCCCCCCAACCCGUGUUCCUUGCACUUCCCUAUCUGUAGUAAAUUAUAUAUGACAUUGCAUAGAAACAGCACUUUGUAUACUGUCAUAUGCAGUUGUGUGCUAAUUCAGCAAACAUAUAAGUUAUUGUAAGAGACUAGUCACCAUUUUUAAUCCUGUCCCCAUCUAUAUGGCAGAAGCUUGCGAAACAAAUGUGUUCAUCAGACUCGAGCAGCUGAAUUAUAGUAACCUCCCAACUAAGGGCUUAGCUGCUACAAUCAAUACACACCGACUGAGAGGACUUAGCUGCUGAGGACCAGCUUUAGUAACUGCCCAAGCUUUAAAGUAAAUUUCAAAGCAAAUCCAAAAUUAAGAAGCAUUCUGACUCCAAAAGCAAGUAUGUUUUUGAAUUACAGCAGGACUGGAAAGUGCUGCUCAUACAGCCACCAGAAACCACACAUAAAAAGACUACUUUCUCUGUGUUCUUGCAGUCCAACCAGGAUAAAAGCAGAAUGCCUCUUGCAGCAGAAAUCUUUACUAACCUCCUCUGACUGCUUCAAGAAUGUGCCACCAUUCUUGUACGUGACCCAUGUGGGCUCAGGCUCAUGAGAUCUGGGGACAUCAGGGACACCCAGGUUGAGGAAUGGUGGCUUAGACAUAGGUGCCGCUUCACUUCUUGCAAGUUAAGACUGAUGGCUUGAGCACAGUGAAGAUAGAGGUUUUUCUUUAAUGUUUCGUCAUAGCAUUGAAACAAAGGGCAAGAAUAUUGACUGAGCAAAGGCGUAACCCAUUCUGUCUUAUCUGUGCUAAAUUUUGUUGUUAACGCUUUUCUGGAAAAUUCUGUUGGGUGUGCCUAAAUUUAUAGGAUAUUUCCCUUUCAAAAUGCACACACAAGCAUCCUGAACAACAUAAACAUAAAGGGAGAAGGAGUUCUACAACUUUUUUUCCUUUUUUUAACAGGCAGGUUAUGGCAAGUAAUGGGGCUUGUAGAUUUUAGUUUAAACACUGUUAGUAAGAAGCCUUCAUUUUGCCUAUGAUUUUCUAUUUCAAAAGCAAAAUGGGAAAUUAUAUAAUAAAUGAAUAAAUUCCA